AUCGAAGCCUCUCAUUCGUGGAAAAUACGCCAAUGGCUGCAUGACCAUAUUUUUCAUAUUUUUUAUUUCAAUUGCGAAAAUUAUGUUUACAGUUUAUUCGAAUGAUUUUUAUUGUCAUCAAUACAACGUCAAGAAUCAUCGAUCAUAAUUCUACAUCGUAUGAAAUCGUCGAUUAUGUUUUUGACAUUCAUCUAAUUAGCGCUUUACAUUUCGUUAAAGAUAUUCUUUGAUUGGUGCGCUUAACAAAUUGACCAUAUGAAGCGUUAUUUUUUUAUCUUGAAUAAGUAAUCUAUUUUUUAUUACCAAUAAAACAAUACUAUUUCCUUUUUUCUUUUACGUAUAAAAAGUGGCAUCUCUUGUUACAAGUCAAAACUAACAAAGAACUGACGUAAUAAGUAAUAUGUAUAUUCAUUAUUUCCUUCUUUAUUGAAUUCAUUUUGUGGUACGAAAGGCAAUAAGAACUAUCAAAAGAAUUUGUUUAUGAAAAAUAUUAUACAAUAUGUCCGACAUUUCAAAAGGAUACUGGUCUUUCAAGACGUCCGAUUUGGAAAAAAAAUAUACCGUUGUUGACUUACGAAGCGAUACACUUACCAAACCAACUAAAGCUAUGCGAGUUGCUAUGUUCAACGCAGAAGUAGGAGAUGAUGUUUAUGAGGAAGAUCCGACAGUAAAAAAACUAGAAGAAAAAGCUGCAACAUUAAUGGGAAAAGAAGCUGCGCUUUUUGUUACUUCUGGAACAAUGGGAAAUUUAAUUGCCAUUAUGACUCAUUGUGAUAUACGUGGAAGCGAAGCUUAUUGCGGUGAGGAUUCUCAUACAGUUUUACACGAGCAAGGUGGCGCUGCUCAAUUAGGAGGUGUAACUUUAUGUCCUUUACCAAAUAAUCCUGAUGGAAGUUUCGAUCUAGUAUUACUUCGAAAUAAACUUCGUAAGGACAGAUUGCAUGAACCAAUCUCAAAAUUGGUAAUUGUAGAAAAUACAAUUAAUGGUAAGAUCGUACCACAAGAUUGGAUUAUAAAAUUGUCUGAAUUAGCCAAAUCUUGUAAUCUUAAAUUGCAUUUGGAUGGAGCAAGAAUUUGGAAUGUUGUUACGGCAUCUAACGUAUCGGCUAAGGAUCUUGUGUCUGUAUUCGAUUCUGUCACGUUUUGUUUAAGCAAAGGUUUGGGGGCACCGAUUGGUUCCAUAUUAUGCGGAGAUAAAUGUUUCAUUAAAAAAGCUAGAAGAAUACGAAAGGUUUUAGGUGGAGGAAUGAGACAAGUUGGUAUUAUUGCGGCCGCUGGACUCGUGGCUCUAGAGGAAAUCGUACCUUUGUUGAAAGAAGACCAUAAAAGAGCAGCCCUUAUCGCACGAGCGAUCAAUAAUUUAAACUCCGAAAUAUUUACCGUCGAUGAGAAAACUGUACAGACAAAUAUAGUUUUUAUAAAUAUACAUUCGAAAUUUAUUACUUCAAUAAAUUUUGCAGAAAGACUUCAGCAAGUUCAAGAAGAUGAGGAGGAUGAUAAAAUAAUAAUAAAAUGUUUACCUCUAACGAGUACGAUGGUUAGAUUUGUUUUGUACCAUGAAAUUACUGACGCGAUGGUGGAAGCAGUUAUACGUAAAAUCACAUAUAUUAUUAAAUGUAUGGAUGUAAACAAAUCAUCGACAUAAACCUAUUAAAUAAAUAAACGGUGAUCUGAUAUUGUAUUAAA